UUCUAGCAAUAUUAUCAACACAACCGCCGCCUGGCGAAGGCUACAGUAGAAGCGCUGCAAGAUGCCAAAUUUGAUGAGGAACUUCUCUUUGACCUUAAGAAGGAGAAUCAGGUCUACAUCAACCGGACGAUGUCGCUUGUAAUUAAAUACAUUGUUAAGAGGGAAGUUGAUAAUUACCGUUCACGGCGAACGGAUGCUAUCAGUCGCCGCAUCUACUCCGCCCUCGUGAUGAAGCUGAUUGACAUCGCCAAGGACCUCCCGCGCAACUCGAGUGCCCCCAAUCGCAUUGAAACCGCGCAUCGCUACUACAUGUCCGUCGAAAGCCGGGACAUGCAUGAUCAGAUGGCUGACAUUCAGGUGUUCCAUGCGUGUGCGAGGCUUUAUGACGUCGUGUUCACGGCUCCACGAAUAAUAGCCCAGCUGGGCAAACUAGACGAUUUGACCCCGAGGGUGCUGAUCCGGAAACUCAAGGUUAUGGACAUCAAGCCGGUGCACCUAAGCAUCGCUCUACUUAUACAGUUCCACCUCCGCAACACUGUCAACUUCGCAAUUCGUUCCAAAGCAAUCGAAGUCCUCAAUACCAAGCCCCAAAUGGUCGGACCUCAAGUGAUAGAUAUGCUCAAGGCCAUCGCGGCCCGUUUGCUACCUGUCGCUGAACUCCUGGACGUCCACUUGGCACAUUCCAGCGCUGCUUUUCAAGACACUUGUCCUUCCACUUGGUUGGGCAUUGUUAAUAAUAAACAAUCGUAAUUCUCAUCGCAUUUUAUUU